GAGCUGAUUCGCCCAGAAGAUUACCUGCGGGCAGAGGAGAAGGAAGACGACGCAGUCGACGGUGCCCAGGUCGCUGCAGAAGACGACAAGCUCGGCAAGAAGCGCAAGUGGGACGAUGUCGCCAAGCAGGCAGCCGGUGCCAACAAGCGGCCCAACAUGAACCGGACGGCUACGGCUGACGAUGCCGAAGCUAUGGACGUGGCCGACGGCGCUGCCGCGGAUGAGCUGGACACGGUCGAGGAUGCCGAACCGGAGGAACCCACCGGCCCGUGCAGGCUGGUGUACAGGACGGAAACGGUGACGGUGAACCUGCGGGUCGCCAUGAUUGACUUCAGCGGACUGCACGACAAGCGAAGCCUCAACAUGCUGAUCCCCCUGAUACAGCCGCGCAAGCUGAUUCUCGUGGCGGGCACUCGGGAAGAGACGACGGCCCUCGCAGCGGACUGCCGGGCCGCGCUGGCGUCGGACGGAGACCGCUCCGUCGACGUCUUCACGCCCGAGGUCGGCACGUGGGUGGACGCCAGCAUGGACACAAACGCCUGGGUCGUGAAGCUGGCCGACCCUCUGGUCAAGAAGCUCAAGUGGCAAAACGUCCGCGGCCUGGGCAUCGUCACCAUCACGGGCCAGCUGCUCGCCUCGGCCCUCGCCCACGGGGCAGGCGGCUCGGAGCAGGCCCACGACCACGACCACGACAACGUCGCCAACAAGAGGCAGAAGACGGAGCCGGCGUCGACGUCCACCGCCGUCGCGCUCACCAACGCCGCCGACACGGCCGCGAUGCCCACGCUGGACGUGCUGCCCGCGAACCUCAUCUCGGCCGCCCGCUCCGCCGCCCAGUCUCUCCACGUCGGCGACCUGCGGCUCGCGGACCUGCGCCGCGCCAUGCAGGGGGCCGGCCACGCGGCCGAGUUCCGCGGCGAGGGCACCCUCGUCGUCGACGGCUCCGUGGCCGUCCGCAAGACGGCCGAGGGCCACAUCGACGUGGAGAGCGUGGGGCUGCCGCUCGGCGGCAAGAGAAGCACGCUGUACGAGGUGAAAAGGGCGAUUUACGAGAACCUGGCCGUCGUGGCCGGUGCGUAG